AUGAGUGAAAACCAAGUCAUUUUAGACGAACAACUUGAAAAACUUGAUGAUGGUCUUAAAGUUUUGUCUAAGAACCUUCGGCUUGCCUGUUCAUCCCUUCGUAGUAUCUGUGUUGACAAUACUGUAUUUCUUGAAGGAUUCGUCAAUUUUCGUCGCAAAGUUCUAAAAUAUGCCUUCGUUUACAGUAAAGUGAUUUUUCCUUAUAUAAAAGAAAUGGCUUCGGAAAUUCAAAAUUAUAUGGAAAACUAUGCAGUAUUAUCUUUUGAAGAGUUUCGAGAUGAUAUUAAUUUUUUGGCUGAAGAUAUUAGUGAAAAAAGAAAAUUAUUUGUAACUACACUGGCGUUCCAUGUUGCCAUUCAAGAAGAUUUCGAGCGUGAAAAGAAUGAAGCAGAUAAUAUCCUCAAAAAACUUGAAAACGAGACACCGCUUUCUAUUGAAAGACUGAUGAAAUUGGUGGAAUCUCUCAUAAUGUCAAUCCAACACUUUGUUAAUGCUUUAAAAUCUAUUGCACAAUCUUUUAUUACUUUAGAAGAUGAAUUAAAAAAUAUUAUCGACCACUAUGAAAGAGAAAAUGAUUAUUCUAAUUAUUAUAACAAAUGCAGAGGAAAGGCAAAAUCUAUUAUUGAUAACUGCUUGGUUUUCUUCUAUGAAAUUCCUAACUGCGAAGCUGACUUAGCUGCGAUCACAUUCAGUAAUAAUGACGAUUAUA